AUGGAUGAUCAUACAUAUCGAAAUUUUACUUUCAUCGUACUUUUUGAAUCUCCAACAAGAAAGGUUCAUGUCUCUUACCACACGUUCGCUGAGAUUGACAAUCCCGAGAAGUUGAUUGUUGAUGUUUCCAAUGCCUACAAACAGCACAUCAGCCGCUUCAAACGAGUCUUGUACCGUGGCGUACUAUUGAAGAAGCCUACUGUUUCCAUUGUCAAAUUGUCCAGUGUCACAAAUCUCCCAUCUGUCUCUGGUGGUGUACAACAGCUUCUUAUUCAAAAUAAGGUUGAUGACCCUACCCUCACGUCCGCAAUUCGAGAUCCUACGGUCCUGUGUAAUGUCGACCGAGACGCUUUCUGCCAGGAGUACAAGGCUAUCUUCGCGGAGGAUGGCGAACCGGUCGCUCAGACUGCUCUUCUGAUUCAUCAGGUCAAUGAUCCAACGGCUUCCAAGGUCGUCGGGAUGGCGGGCUCAGUCUUCUCUGUCACUUUAGCUUUGCUCGGCGCGUUUGUAUUCUAG